UCAGAAACUGUUGUUCUUAACAUGUCUACGCUCGUGUGGUCAGUAGUAACUACUGUUCAAGGGCGUGUACCUAUUGCUAGUGAGGGCUUGAGUGUGGUCGUAGGCUCUUACAAUGGUGAAGAUAUACUUGUAUCUUUUGGAGGAUAUAAUGGACGUUACAGCAAUGAGGUUAAUGUUCUGAAACCAAGUCACAAGUCAACCUUACAAUCAAAGAUGAUAGAAACUCCUGUGCCUGACAGUGUUUCUGCUGUGCAAAAUGCUACAAACGCUACUAGAGAUUUGGAAUCUGAGUUGGAAGCUGGCCAAGAUGGAAAGACAAGGGAAAUUGUGGACAAUGUGGACUCAGACCCCACG